CGACGCGACUGCGCUGAUGACACUCCAGAAGCCAGAGCGAAUGCUUUCAGUAGCAAGUUUAUUGUAUCAUCCUAGGGUUCAUUUACCCACAGAUGGUUAUGAUAAUCCUGUUUGUCCUCUGAAGGAAGGUUUAGAUGGGUUUAACUGGUUGAUGGAUCUCCUAAUUCCUCCAGCUCAACAGCUGUGGUGGGAUUACAUGUCAACUAGGCCUGAAGCCGGGAGGUUCGGGUUGAAGCUUGAGGGGGCCGGAAAGGUCCGCACGUUCGCGAUACCUAAUCCUAUCUUUCAACGGCUCUUAAAGCCGUUGCAUGAUUGGGAAAUGUCAGUUCUUAAGUCCCUGAGGACUGAUGGUACGUUUGAUCAGUUGCGACCUCUUCGGCGGCUGCGAGGAAAGAAAGAGAUAUAUUCUUUUGAUCUGAAAGCGGCUACAGACAUGUUACCGUCAGUCCUUACGGGAUCAAUGCUUGCUGGUAUCUUUGGAGAUGACCUGGGGCACGUUUGGUUUCAUAUGAUGAACCAGAUCGCAUUCUGGUCUCCCGAACGUACUGGCAAUCCUUCUAAAGCGCGUGUAUACCGCUUUACGAGGGGUCAACCCCUCAGAUAUCUCUCAUCUUGGCUGUCAUUCACACUGACUCAUCAUAUGGUCGUGUGGUUGGCAGCUUAUGAAGUGUAUCCUAGUAAGAAGUUCUGGGAUUAUGCCAUCCUUGGUGAUGAUAUAGUUAUUGCUGAUAAGAGGGUGGCAGAAGCCUAUAUGAGAAUUAUGGAUGAGAUGGGUGGAGUUAUAUCCAUACAGAAAUCCCUCAUCUCCCAUAAUGGCUGCUGUGAGUUUGCAAAGCGCUUUAUAAUAGAUAAUCACAUUGAUAGUAAGGCAGAUCUGUUCGAUCUCCUGUGUCUAUGGCUUGUCUCUUGUUAGCGUACAGCUCUCUUGCAGUAUCAACUUUCUCUACGACAGGAUGUAAGUUUCAUGCAUCAUUUCGUUUGAGAGGUGCUGCAAACGCUUUCUCGCGUCGAUUUAAAAGAAGGCUCUCAAGUUUUUGAGCGUUUGAGUCGUCGUUGGAAACGUCAUUGGUUAUCUCUCUAUGGGCCGUCGGGUUUGGUACCCCUACCUCUGGAGGUAUGGUUAGCUUACCCUGAUAAUGGUAUUCUCAACUAUUACGAAAGAGGGAGAGUGCGUCAGUUCUUGUUAGAGGCAGUCAAGCCGAAAGAUAUAGAUGAAGAGUCUAUAUCUUUACUUGGCUUCUUUUGGCAGGGCUAUGAGGAGACUAAGGAGAGAUUCCUUGUCACUUUUGUAGCUAGUCACUUGCAUUACUUGAAAUGAGACUAUCUGGCUAUCCUA